AGGAUUUCCUGUCCUGUCACUUGAAAACAUCACGGCUGUGUGCGAGCUGAAUUUCUCAAGCUAAAUCAGCAUAACGCGAGGAAUACGAGCAGAAUACUGAAUCUAAAAAAACACAGUUUCCUCUUUAUAUGUUAUGGACUUGUUGCUGAGUGCGUAAGGUAAACACGUUAAUAAUCCUUCCUAACCCGCCACUUGUUGACGCAGCGCCUAGAACCCUCACGUUGAUGUCUCGUAUGGAAUGGAAUCUUGGAAUGGAACCGUAGGAUGAAACGAUGGAAUGAAACGUGGAAUUCUCUGAAGUUUCGUUGUUUGAGUUGAUUCAGUGAAGCGAACGGUUGACUAUUUGAAAGAGAAAGGAAAAUGUUCAUCUCAUGUGUAAGAGCCUGAGGGAAGGGGAUGCCUUCACUAUGCUUGUUGUAUCUGGGAAAUAUUCAGCUUGAUAUCAAAGCAUACUAAUUAAAAGAGGUGAGGGGCACCUUUAGUGAACUCGAUCUGUUCAUGGAAAGCCACGCCUGGCUGGAGUCGUCCCUGCGGCGCUCUGCCAGUCUGGGUCUGGAGGUUCUGCAGCGAGCCUCCAGGAGAAGCGUCGACUGGAGCAGCGUGGAAGCUUCCCAGACCCCCACCACCACCACAGAGGAAGACACACAGAUCCCUGUCAAGAGACCACGCUCAGAGCUCGAUGAUGUCUUUGCAAUCAUCGCAGACUUCAUGGCCCAGACGACCCAUCAGUGCAAGAGGUUUUACGAGUCUGGCUCCUGCACUGAGCCCUCUGACACUGAGAGGAGCCAUGUGUGCAGGUUUCACUCACGGCCAGCUGCUGGGAUUAAAACUCCUGCACGGUCGGCUAGAAAACACGAAAGGGCACCACAGAACCAGGGUCGUGUCUCUGCAGUUGGUGGAGAUUUCUUCAUCGAGGUUUCCCCGGGGACGUACGCUGUCACUGCCUCCAUGCCGGAGUCACAGCAGCAGACUCAGAUGAUCAGUGUCCGAGCCGGAGAGAGCGUCGACCUCACCUUUAACCUCUGACCCCUCUCCUUUAACCUCCAAUACUAAAACUGACCAAAUGCUCAUUCUGUGUGUGUGGCUGUGUGUGUUUAUUGCUUGCUUUUACACUGCAUUAAGAGUUUACAUUUUAUAUUGCAUGAAUUCUACAAAAUGUUGUAGAUGGAGAAGCCAUAUUUGUAUUGCUAUUGAUUAUUUUAUUAUGUAGUUUGUGUUUCAAUAUUCUACUUUUAAACAUCAUGUAAAGCUCUUUCCAUAUUUUUACUUGCACUUAUUCCACAUUAGUGUAUACAAAUAAAGUAUUUUUUUAACCAA